AUGAGGUUGGGACCCAUGAGUGAGCUAAUCGUAAAAACGAAUGAAUCAGAGAAUGUGCAAAGGGAUUCUGUUUAUGGCGCGGAAGGAGAGAGCCGUUAUUUCGCUAUGCAAAUUGGUGGGAAUAAGUGAGAAGGCGGAGGUCUCGUGCUUUUCUUGCGGAGAUCCAUAAUGAUAAGUGGGCUCGCGAUGAAAGCGAAUGAUGAGCUCAUUUUUGAAGACGUCAUUAUAAACUUUUAUUUGAAAUGUGACAAUCUCUCAGUCAUCUUGAUCUAGGUGCAUGGAAAAUGCUGAAAGAGAAGUCUUUCGUCGCUCAUUCUAACAAAAAGACCACAAAAUGCGUGGCUUUCCAAUAAUGGUGCAGUCAAAAGGAUCCUCGACCCUUUUUUGUGCGACGAACACAUAAAAGGGCGGCACUCAAAAUGAGCACUGCGGGGGAAAUAGCUAGGCGCUGAGGGCUCAGUCAUGAUAAGUUUGGACCAGACGGAAGAUGGAAGUGUCUAACGAAAUGGUGUUGGGAGAUGAUAAAUGGAAGACGUCGGAUGCCUCAGUUCUUGUCAGCGGACGGCCGUGGGACCGAUGUGCAAAACAACAACUCCUACUAAAUAAGAAAAAUGAUUGACAUCCUCCAAUGCGUUCUGGCAGCUUUUUGAAACGAAAGUGGAGAGGGGGGGGGGGGCUGCGAGAAGUCGACGGUUCGAAUUGCAGUUCGACGAACAAGUGACGGCCACCAAAACAAGGCAUCUAUUACGGUAUUGGUGCAUAUUACAUAACACGGAAAUGUUCUUUUCUGGGAAUCCCAAAAUGCUGAUUAGAUCCGGAGCCGCCGGGGAAGCCGUCGUCCCCUCAGACUGCUCAAGGGCUCCUCUCGAACUCUGAUUGACGAGCAUCGAAGAGAGAUAGAAUGAAAAGAGGGGGCGCAUUGUGUCAAUGAAAUGUGAAAUCGAAACAGCCGAUUUGAUUAUCCUACGUCAAAAGGGACGAAAGAUGGAUAGGCGUGGGAAUCGGCCACUCCUGCAGAUUGGAAUCCAACCUUUCGAGUGCAGAUCGGAUAACCGCACAGGCUUUUGUUCACAAGACUUGCACCUGAACGGGGAAGCGCAUUAGAGUCGAAAACAUGAAGAUUGGGCAGUCGAAUUUGUUGUUUCUGUCGCCAUUCACGUAACAUCCUUGCGAGGGAGGCGCCGUUGCGAGUGUGCACGACGACAAAAGAGACUUUGCGCAUGCGAAAUUGUAGAUAUGUAUAGCCCUGAGGGCGUAAAUCACAUUUGCAUUCGGUGCUCUUUUCGCCUGUUGUCUUCUUUCGACGGCCGGGCAGCAUCCCUUAAAACAAGGCGUACAGGAAAAGCGGAGAUUAGCGGGAGCUCCGAUCGGAAAAGAGUUUGCCGUCUUGCGUGUGUUUUGGUUGACCGACGUUUCGAAGAGCUUUGUGCUAAAUGAACUAGACGGAGAAUAGGUGAUGAGGCCAAUAAGGGGACACAAUCCAGUAAGAUUCUCGCGAUCUUUCAGGUAAUAACGACUCGCAAAUCUGGGCAUCCACGCCGAAUACGCCGAGAGUCAACACGAGAGGAGGUCUUGAAAGGAAUAUACACACAAGGUGGGCAUAAGACAUAUCUUCCUGGAAGACAAUAGAUCGGUUUCAGAACCCUCGCUCGAAUGGUUGGAAAUGAUGAGGCGGCACCAGGAACGAGCUCUUCGCCCACGCAAUCGUACGGACGUCUUCAGACAACCGCCUCGCCGUUCCGGUCAAGUCUCACGCAGAAGUUCCGCAGAGGAGACAGCAAUGCAGAGUUGAUAAGAGAUUUCACGAGAAUGAUCAGAGAUACGCCACGAAAUCUGUCAUAUGACCUGCACAACAAUGAUGACGUCGACUUUGGCGAUCUGGAAAGAGACCCGGACGUCGACUUGCUCCUCUCCAAAAUCUGUCUCGAGUGCGUGUACGUGGAACCGAAGCAAGGAGCCAUUCCGAGAGCGAACAAAGUCUUCCUAUCAAACUUUUUGGGGACCACUUACCUAAACUUGGUCUCCACGGAGGGGGAAGUUAUGAAAAUCAUUCCGAUCUGGAAGAGUUCAGAAAUGACGAGGCAGAAGCUGAGCGAGGGAGGCAAGAAUGAGCCUGUCACUGUCACUUGCAUCGAUGCCGCAUUCGUGCGGAAAAGCGGAGUAACCAUCACUCUGAGCUACGAUUACACGACUGCAAUGUACGGAGGAAACGAACGAAUCGCACCGAUUUUCAUUCCCGAUGUUUGAUUUCUUUAUAUUUCUAUUCACAUCGUUCUCUUUUAAGAUCAGCAACAAGCGAGAGAGUAUCGACUACCGACUUCAUACGUUCUCUGAAAAUCACAUCUUCGCAAUCAAUGGAAUGAACUGUUGUAUCUUCAAGAUUCCGGAAACGGUUUUGUGCAGGGCGUCCACUCAACUGAUGACCACCUGCUUCCUGUACUUCAAUCGCGAAUUCUCGCGGACUUUGUUGCGGAGAUGGAGAGCGAUCAAGAGAGAAAUCGACCUGGACCGGUUGGAUUUCGAGAAGAAAGAGCUGGCGGAAGUGGCCGUUUUCAUGCUCAAUAACGUCGGUGUGAACGUGACUCAGGCAACGGAACCAGUAAGAGCGGACAGUCCUGAAGAACACGGAGGGAAGCGAAUGAAACCAGAGAUGUCGGCGGAAGAAGUGGAUGCACUCAUGAAAGACUUCUUUGAUGAUAUGAUGUUCAAACAGACGACUAUGAGCAGUGUCAGUCGCGAAGAAGGAAAGCGUACGCAGUUCCUCGUAGAAUUGGAACCGACAGGGGACGGAUUCGAGCAUGCCCGCGAUCUUUUCAAUGCCCUCCACGCACAAUGCGAAGAGUGGUCGAUAUUCAUUCCGAUGCAUCCGGUGCUUCUGGAUCUCAUUCCGUACGCGUACAUUCUCUCGAAAGCACUCAAUUACCAGGAGUACGAACAGUACUACAUUGAUCUGUUUCAAUGUCUUCUCAAUCGAAUUGCUUUCGAGUUCAAUCUGUCGCCGCACUUACACGAACAACUAAAGCAGCUGCUCAGCCUUGUGAGCCCGGAUGGUCUCUCUAUAACACGAUGGCGCAUUUGAUUCAGGAGCGAACAACUGCUCAGAAUCUCGGAACUCUUCCAAAAUCAGUCACCAAGAAGAGUCUGCAUCUUCUGACCGUGCUUGUCGUCGGACGAGGUCUGAUAGGAGCGAAUGUGAAUUUGGAUUGUCAAUUAUGGAUCGGACAGGAUUGGGCACGCCGUCUCGGACUGUCCGGUGAGACGCUGAAAACGUUCCGCAGCAUCAUGAACGAUUCCCGCUCGAAUUCCGCUGGAAAGGCGGACAAACUGCUUCAACUCUUUGAUAUGGACGCGAAUGUGAUCGACUACAUGGUUAUUUGCCCGAAGAUUCUGCUUCUCAAGUACCAGGCGGAUGCAUUUGCCGGCGCCCAGACUAUUGAGCCCAAAAAGUGUAUUUUCGCCACUCCCGAGGAGAUGACCGUCAUUGCUGCACUCAGAUGGAGCCAUGACAUUCGGAAAAGAAAUGUCGAACAGAUGCUCGAUUCUUCCCGUCCGAUUCUGGUCGCCACCAACAUUCUGUAGGUUUCUCCCGUUCUUUCUCAUUCGGUAAACAUUGUUUUCAGACGACGAACAGAAGACGACAAUAUGAAAGAGCUGCAGGACCGAUAUCUGACCCAGACUUCAUUCCGAUCAUUCGCCCAAUCGUUCGGCCGCGCGUACUACUACUUCCGCUCUUCCGUGCCCUCUCUGCUCACCAACCUCCACAUCCCUCGAUUACAUUUGGGCGGAAUGGUCUAUCCGGCGAGAGUGACGUGUGAUCCUCCCACCACGGACGUGUUCAAGUCGGGCACCGAAUGGGCUCACUUCUACAACGCCCUUGCUGCUGCGCUCAAAAUGGGAUCGAGUGACACCGUCCGAAUUGAUAACGAAUGGGUUGUGAUGGUUUCGAAGAGCAUGAAAUCGCAUGCGGUCAUCGGAGGCAUGAUCCUUGGACUCGGACUCAACGGUCACCUCGCCAACUUCAACAUGUACUACGCCCACUCAAUGCUCACCGCCCUCGAGAAGUUUCAGUCGGUCGCACUGCUUCUCGGUCUCUGCGCCUCCAAUCUGACGACGUGCGACCUUCAGAUUCACAAAAUCCUUGCCACUCAUCUUCCCUUUUUGAUGGGUCCGAACUCGAUUGACGUUAAAUUGGAAUUCGUGAUUCAGACGGCCGCCGUUGCGGCACUCGGCCUUCUUUUUGCCGACUCUGGCAACAUGAACAUUGCAAAGAAAUUGGUGAAUGAGAUUGGAAAAGCGCCAAGUAGAGAGGAGGAACCAGUGACCGACAGGUCCGCGUACAAACUGGCUGCCGGCUUCUCGCUAGGGCUGAUCAUGCUGGGGAAAGGAAACGGAGCCGCGUCGAGUGUGAUCCCAUUCAAACAAAACAUUCCGCCUAUCUCAAAACGACUCAUUUUCAUGAUGAAGGGAAUGCGUAGAGUGAGUGUUUUCAAGUGAUUACAAUCUUAAACCCAAACUUUUGCAGGAUCAAUGCGUCUUCCUUCCACAGGCUACCGUUCCAGUUACUAAUGAAACCUCAUCUUUGCCGUUCACGACGGGAGCUCUCAUGACAGGGACCCAAGUGGCCCAUCAUGUGAAGGAAUCGAACAAUAUCAACAUCCAUCAGUCCGCCGACGCAGCUGCAAUCGCUCUCGGAUUCACAUUCAUGAAAACGCACAAUCAGUUCAUCGCCAAUGCUCUCGCCAUCCCGGAGACUAUAACGGACAUCGAGCGAAUCAUUCCACUCACGAUUUACACUCGCGUUCUUGGACAAUGUCUUGUUAUGUGGGACAAAAUCGAGCCGUCGCACGAAUUCAUCAAAGGAUUGGUUCCGCGAGUGAUCAAGGAAUACGCCUUAUCAACUCUUCAUUUCGGAGCUCCGAUCAAAAGAGAUAAAGACGGACAGCAGAUUUUCGAGGAGCUUGACGAGGAGGAGGAAAAGUAUUGGAACGACAUCGUCGAUCGGGGCACAGUCGCUCAGGCUUAUCUGUACGCAGUGACUGCCGGCUGCAUGGCCAUCGCCCUGAAGUUCUCUUCUUGUGGAGGUCCUCUUGAGAAGAACGUUGUCAGCCGCGCGUUUAAAGUGAUUGUAAGCACCUGAAUGGUUGGAAAGAGCACCUAGGAUGUCAUAUUUCAGGAGUUCUAUGUGAAAAUUGUUGUGCCGCAGGGAAAGUCGGCGAAGAAUAUGGGAAGUGUACGAAUGUGUAUGCAGGCAGGCGGCUACACUCGUGCCACGUGCUACUCCAUGCUCGUCAUCGCCAUGUCUAUCGUGAGCUGAUUCCGGUUCUGAUCUUACUCAAAUCUAUCGUUUCAGCUGAAAGUCGGCACGGGAGAUCUGACCGUGAUGAGGUACGCGAGACUUUUGAGGCAGUGCGACAAGCCGGACUCCGACUGGCACACAAUCGGGAAGAAGCACUUCGAGCAGAUGAUUGCCCAUCAGUCUCUCGGUAUGCUGUUGCUAGGAGAGGGAAGAUACGCGUUCAAGAAGGAUCCGCUCUCGAUCGCCCUCAUCAUCAUGGCCACCUUCCCGUCGAUUCCGUGCACUGUUGCUGACAACUCGUGAGUCAUCACUGGUUUACUCUUCCCUUGUCAUAUUUUCUCUAUUCAGGCACUAUCAUCAGCCACUCCGUUUUAUGUGGAGUCUGGCCGCAGAACCGAGACUUCUCGUCCCAUUCGAUGUCGCCGAAAACAAUGUCACCGAGGUCGCCGUGACUAUCAUUCUAAAGCCAACCAAGGCUGACGAGGAACCCGUCACCUACAGAGAUAUGGCCCCGCUCCUGCUGCCGCCACUCGAAGAUCUGAAUCCAUUUCGAUCGGAGGUGGCAAGUACGAGGUGGUGCACAUCAAUUUGCAAACGGAAGAACAACUCAAAGUGAUGAGGGACGUUAUGUCUGUGGGGCAGGGACGGAUCAUGCUCAAACGAUACAAUGUUCACACGUGAGGCUGUUCGUUCUAUUCUAUUCUGAAUCUCCUAUUUUCAGAACGGACAUGAAAAUAAAUGAAGCGACGGCUCUGGUCAAUCAACCGCUGCAAAUGAUGGAUCUUCUCAUGAGCGAGAACACGGCGUACCAUCUCGAUGAAGAGGAGAUCCGAAACCAGAUGGCACAGAUCGAGCACGACCUCAAUCUGAACAGUUCGGACCAAUAUCCGAAUGCUCAAGUGCAGAUGACAAAUGUGAGAGACAUCGCGCAGAGAAUACCGGAUGAUUUGGCUCAGUUGCACAAGAAAGCUCUCUUCUUACUCGGUGAUUGUCUUGAUCUGUAAGUUGUUGCCUCCAUUUUUACAACUAAUUAUUUAUUUUCAGCUGGCCCGAUGAGGUGAAUGUCUCAAAUACGAUUCGCGGGUUGGCUGAAGAAUUUCGGUCGAUGCAAAUCUAA